AUGGAUAUUAAUACUGAAAAUCUAGCAAAUCAUGAACUCAACUGCAGCUUAAAACAAGAUGAAGUAGUUGUAAUCAUGGUCCCAGUUCCAGCUCAAGGCCAUCUCAACCAACUUCUCCAAUUUACCUGUCUAAUUUCCUCUUAUAGUCUUCGCGUUUACUACGUUGGCUUAGCCGCCUACAACCAUAAGGCCAGGGUUCGAGCCAACGCCUUAAAUCCUUCGGACAUUGCCAAGAUCCACUUCCAUGACCUCCCGAGUACUCCUGAUUUUGCAUCCAGCAAAAGCCCAACACUUUUUAACGCGUGCAUGCUUUUACGCGAGCCUAUUGCUUCCUUCUUAAGAGACAUUUCAUCUAAGGCAAGACGAGUUGUCAUUGUUCAUGAUGCUUUAAUGUCCUAUAAUGUUCAAGAUGUUUCUUCCUUUCCCAAUGUCGAGUCCUAUAUCUAUCAUUGCAUUUCUAGUUUCGAUAUGUAUUGUAGUUACAUAUGCGAAAUAGCCAGAAGACUUGAAUUGCCAGAAGGGUUUGAGGAAAGAGUGAAAGGGGUGGGGUGGAUUCAUGAGUCAUUGUGGUUGGAAUUCUUGCUUAGAGAGUAUUACUCUGGGGGUGCCAAGCAGCUAUUGGCACUCCCAUAG